AUGUGCUUGUCCCCAGGACACAUUAGGAAUGAAUCCAGGUCUCAGUCCUGGCCUCCUCCCCGAGGCUGGGCGCUCAGGCGUCCCCUUCAGCCCCUUUCUCUAGACUUUCCGGCUGAACAAACGAAAACAUCUCAUAGCCCUGCAACAGCUAGGAGCGGCUCGUGGAGCUCCACGCCCGGCUGGAGAGAGAGGAGGCGCCCUGGGCAGCCCGCCAGCACCCGGGCUCUCACAACGGAAGCCCGCAUCUUCUUGGGCUCUAUUUUGAAAGCUGUUCUUUCCACAAUGGCUUUGACAAGAAUCGAUUUGAGUGAGCCAGCGUGUCAAUACAGGCCAGCACAGGACUGGCCUCAGGGCCACACUGGGGAGGGUGCCGACAAGGCCCUGGCUGCAGCCCACGUGGGCAAAAGCAUGGCCAGGCAGGAGGUGGGGCCUGUGAACUUGGCUACAACGACCGUGGGCGCUGGGCUCGGGGCUCCUCAGCCUUGA